AUGUUUUUCUUUCUUUGUUUAAAUCAAGCUAUUGUUGAUGAUAUUUUUACCCCGCGUAGCAUGGAUUCUCAAGCAAAUCCGAUUUCAUCCACUCCCAAGCAAAAUCAAGCCACAACGGAGAUAAAUUCAGAAAAUAAAAUUUCCGUCGAAAAUUUGAAACCACUUAAACUUAUUAAUACUGGCUUUAAGUUACGCACAGACAAGCCUCUCUUCAGACACUUCUCUCCCAAAGACACAAUGGCGUAUGAUGAUCGUCUUCAACAAAGAACAGUUUUUACUAAUACCAAAAACAGACCCUCUAUCGCAGGUAAACGUCCUCAACCUCGUUCUGUUUUAAGAGUUUUACCAGUUGAAAAACAAGAAUCUGAAAUAAACCAAGAAGAGUCACCAUAUUGCAUUGGAUGUGGUAUGUAUCUACAAAAAGAAGAAGUUAAACCAUUAGCUUCAUUCACACCAAACAUGGUUAACCUUGCUGAUUAUCUGGAAAAGUGCCAAGAUCAAAGAUUCUCUGAAAAAUAUCCAUCUUUAUGCAAAGAAAUUGAUACUUUAGAAUCAAACUUUGAUUUGUGGAAAUACUUCACUCCAAAAACAAAAACAUCUGCAGCACCUUCACGUCGUUACAAAGAUUCUUAUUCAUAUUUUGUUAACAAUCAGGAAGAAUCACAAACAAACGAACAAACAUUACAACCUCUUAAAUCCACCCCAUAUACCAACAGAAAACAGUCAACUCCAAAGGGCAUCUUAUCUACAAAACAAACAGAAAAAACAGAAGAACCAGUCGAUGACCCAAGUCAACUAACGUGCACCAAUGCAUCGGAUUGUGCUGGUUUGCUUGGACAAGGAUCAGCCUCCUAUAGGCCUGACAAAAAUUCAGAUGGAACAAUUUGUCCAUGGUGUGGCACUAUUUCACAAAAAGAACAAGUUGCACGUCCUAGUUUAAGAACAAAUUAUUUGUCUGGAUAUGCAGAAAAGUGCAAAAACAGAACAUUCUAUCUACAACAUGUUCAACAAUGCAAAUCAUUAGGCUUUUUCAAACCUCCCCUGUCAUCAUGGAAAGAGGAUGACAUAAAUUAUACAAGUCUUCCUUUCGCAGAGAAAAAUGAUUUAUGGGGUGAAUUUCAACCUCCUUCUAUGGGUGCCACUGGUGGUCCUCAUACUAAAGUUGAUUUAAGUAACCCAGAGAUGCUCAACCACGCUAUAGAAAAUGGUAUAUGCGAUGGUCUAACUUAUUUCGAGUGUCUUAAGAAACUUUUUGGUCCAGGCAAAGGCAGUCCAGUUAACGAACAAGCUACAAAUAAAGAAUCAGACUCAGAAGAAAACUUUUGGUCGCUAUUUUUCCCACCUAAAGCACACGCAGACGAACUUCACAAUUCUAAAUCUAACAGUUUCAGUACACUUGGAGAUAAGUGCAAAGACCCAACUUUCUAUAAAGAACAUACUUAUCUAUGCAUGUCAUUAGGCUAUUUCAUUCCUACUAAAGUCCAUGCCGCAGUUAAGCGCCGUCCAGGAUUAGAUGUUCUUAAUGGUCAAGAAAAGAAACCUCUUCAACUUGUUGAUACCGGUGUUCGUUUACCAGAAAAAAAUGAUUUAUCUGAAGAAGGCAAACAACCUCCAAAAGGAUGCAAUGGAAUUUCAAAUGAGGAAACCCUUCCAUCAUCCCAAGAGAACAAAAAACCGAAACUUGAUAGACCAAAAAUCGCUGACCGCAGUCAGAAAACAAAUGCAGAUUAA